GAGAUGCUAUGGCAUCUUCCGGUGGUGGUAGUGCUUGUGGUACAUGGAGACAGUUUCCCCAGGACGGUGAUAUGUAUGUGCUGGACUGGAGGGAAGAAUCUUUGGCUUCUACAUAAGGGACGGAGAAUCGCCAUGUUUGGAAAGUUCUCCAGACAAACAGACACUCAGGCUUCUUCCCAUUGGCUCCUCUCAAGAUGCUUGGACUUCUCUUCCUCUCUCUGCUUCCCGCUUCCCUCGCGGCUCCCCUAUCACUCGGUAUCACCCUUGGGGCUGGGAGCAAUGACCUGCCCACUCUGACUCUGCCGUAUGCCUCCUACAAGGCAUAUUCGUACGAUGUCACGGACGACUACUACACCUUCAGGAAUAUCCGCUUCGCAGCGCCACCAAUUGGAGACUUGCGGUGGAAGAAGCCCGCAGACCCAGCUGUAGAGACGGCCAUUCAGGAUGGAUCGGUUGGGUCCCAGUGCCCUCAGGCCCUACCUGAGAUUUUGAGCUUUGCCUACCCAUUGCUUGCGAAUCUGGAGCCUUGGAGCGAAGAUUGCCUGUUCUUGGACAUCCAAGUUCCCGGAAAGGCGAUUCGCGGAGAGGUCAAGAACUUGCCAGUGUUGUUUUGGAUCUUUGGCGGUGGUUAUGUCUUGGGCUCGAAAUCGUUCUUCUUGUACGAUGGGAAUCCAUUACUCAAGUCUGCGGAUAACAACAUGAUCUAUGUUGCGCCAAACUACCGUCUUGGUGCAUUCGGUUUCUUGAGCGGUCCUACUGUCGAAGCGGAAGGUCUUCCCAAUGCGGCCUUAUGGGACCAGAAGAAGGCACUCGAAUGGGUUCAGAGCUAUAUCAGCCUCGUUGGUGGUGAUAAGACUGCCGUGACCGCUAUGGGAGAGAGUGCGGGUGCUGGAUCCAUUAUGCAUCACCUUGUUGGAAACGGUGGCUCAAGCGACCCGUUGUUCAAGCGAGCGAUCAUGCAAUCCCCGGCUUUCGAGCCAAUGUACAGCCCAGUCAGUCUCGAGGCCAUUUACGCGGCUUUCGAGUCAGGGGCCGGUUGUGCAGGCAAGGGUCUUGCCUGCCUUCGCACAAAGACUACCGAGGAGCUGCAGGCCGCAAACCUGGCUAUCGUUGGAGAUGCGCAGUAUGGAACCUUUGGAUUUGGCCCUGCAGUGGACAACCAAUACAUCAUGGACCUACCGAGCAUCGAGAUGGCCAAUGGCAACUACUGGAAGGACGUCAGUGUCAUCGUCGGACAUACCAGCAAUGAGGGCAUCAUCUUUGCCGACCCAACCAAGAUCCUCAACUCACAGGUCGAUAAGCUCCUUGCAUCAAACUUCCCGUCCAUCUCCACCGCGAACAUGGACGCCCUUGACGAUCUCUACCCCAAUCCCAGCAUCUUCGGUCCAUUCUUUUCCAACUACGAGCGCCUAGUCCAGUUAAUCGGGGACUGGGUCGUCACGUGCAAUGUUCGGGCCGUCGCAAAAGCGUACGCCGGUAAGGCCUGGUCCUACCAGUUCGCCGUUCCCCCGGGAGUCCACGGGCUCGAUCUAAUUUUCACCUUCUGGCGGACGGAUCUCAACAUCUACAACCUCUUCCAGCUCGAUUUCGACCUGAACUUCAUCACCGAGAAGAAUCUCGCCACCGGGUUCCAGAGCUACUUCACCUCGUUCGUCCGGUCCGGAAGCCCCAAUACGUACAGACAGACGGGGUCCCUUCCCCCGACGAUCGAUAUGGUGCCCGCCACCGUGGGCACUUACGUCAAGAUGUUGAAUGUGGGGUUGUUGAAGUUUGAGAAUGUCGAUGGAGCGGAUACCAGAAAAGACCGUUGUGACUACUGGGAGAGCGGUGUCUGGACUGGACGGUAGUUGGUGCGGAAGUGAGGUGUUUGAUGAAAAAAAGGGCCAGUGGAGGGUUUUUGAUUUUUCCUAUUGUAUUUCAUGUAUCUACCCUGCCUGCCUGGCUGCCUUUAUAGUUCGAUUAUAUCCAAUUAUUUUAUUCUCAUC